AUGGACGAUCCACAUCGACCAUCACAUGAAGGGCGGUCUCGAAUGUACAAAGCUAAUGCCCGAGACCAGCACGAAAUGCGCAGAAAGCGGCGUGAAGACGAAGUCCAAAUUCGUAAAAAUCACCGAGAAGACCGUUUCGAACGGAAUCGGCGGGUGACCGUCGAGCGAUCUCUGAGCCAAGAGGAGACGUCGGAAAUGCUGAAAACGGUGGUCGACGGACUGCAUAGUAUGAAUGAGACGAUGAUUUUUGAGUCGAUUGGAAAGUUGGGAGAGAAUGUCAGAAAUCGAGUGUGGACGAUUCAAGUGGUGGCGAAAGCACAGAUUCUGAAUAAGAUGGCGGAUUUGUAUUGUAAUCGCCCGAUCCGCCUGGAAACCCGUCAACUAAUCGCCCAAACAUUUCUAAUCCUCGGUGGCAACUUGGAUCUCAUCAAAUAUCAGUCAUACUCAAACGAUGACAAGUGCAUCCAGGCGCUUGUCUUAAACAUCUCCAACUAUAUUCAAGAAGAAUCAAUUCUCAUUGACACAUUCCAGUCGAUCUCUUGUUUCAUUAUUCGUAGCCUAACCUAUAGAAAUCUGGCGUUGGACGCUGCAAUUGUGCCGGAAUUGCUGGAAGUUUCAGCCAAAUCUAUGAGUAUUCUCCUCCAUCGUUCUCUUAUGUGGCUCGUCUCGUUAUUCUGCGAAAAACUCGACAAAUAUAGUCCUCAUGUCGAUGAAGUGUCGCCGCUCCUCGAGAUCGUCGCCACGGGAAUCACCUCUUCAGACGCCAUGGUGCAGACAGACGCUGCCUCGGCGUGCGCCGCGCUCUCAGAUUGGCCACCGAUUUUCGAGUGUAUGCAAGAGCUGAAAUUGUGCUCAAUGCUAGUGGCGAAUCUGAGUAAUGAUAAGGGAAACGCGAGGCCCAAAGUCAAAUGUAGCAUCAGUUAUAUUAUCCAAGCGACCGGGUAUUUUACGGAGGAAAUGAUUGAGGCUGGAUUGCUGGAAGUCCUCAAAGGAUUUGUGAAUGUUAGCUAUAUGUCACAAGAAGUUUGUUUCAUUAUAUCCAAUAUUUGUGUGGAAGGAGAGCACACAAUCGAUAAACUAAUAUCUUCUGGUGUCCUGAGAGAAGUGGCCAGAGUUAUGGAGGCAGCGGAAUAUAGGUCCCGGAAAGAGGCAGCUUUUGUUAUAUGUCACUGCUGUGCAAGUUCGAAACGCGCUCAUUUGGAAUAUGUCAUCGAGCUGGGAAUGCUCACCGCGUUCACCGAUUUGUUGACGUGUAUGGAUGUUUCGCUCGUUUCUUAUAUCCUCGACGCGAUUCUGUCGUUACUCCAAUUCGGCGAACUCUUCUCGUCACAAGACGGAAGUAAUCCGGUUGCUGUGAAACUUGAAGAGAUUGGAUGCCGGGAGAAGUUGGAGUUUCUUGUGGAGAGUCAGUGUUGUGAUAUACAUGCCAAGGCGUAUACCAUAUUGGAGAGAUUCUACCCAGACGACGACGAAAUCGCCACAUCCACCUCCGAUUAUCAGCCACACAGCACAAUUGACAGUACCAUCGAACUGCUUCUUCGCAACACUCCCGCCGCUCCUCCCUUCUCAUUUUAG